AUGGACACGUACGAAACAACCGCAAAGCACAAUCUCGCCGAGACAUGCAGCGCCUCCAUCUCUCUCAAUGAUCUUCUGACCCUCGCGCCGAAAGAGAGCCUCAUAGAUUUCUCACAGAAGCAGGUCUACGGCGCAAUCAGAGGCACAGAAGCAUUGAGGACUAAUAUUGCAAACUUGUAUUCACCAGUUGGCAAGAUAUCUACAGAGGAUGUACUUGUUACAAAUGGUGCUAUCCAGGCUAAUUUCUUGUCCCUUUAUACCAAUGUUGGGCCGGGUGAUCAUGUUAUUUGUCAAUAUCCGACGUAUCAGCAGCUGUACUCUGUGCCUGAGUCUUUUGGGGCGGAGGUUAGUCUUUGGAAGUCGGAGGAGGGGAGUGGGUGGGGAAUGGAUUUGGAGAAGUUGAUGGGUUUGGUGAAAUCGAAUACGAAAAUGAUCAUUUUGAACAACCCCCAGAAUCCUACCGGGGCAGUUCUUCGGCGUGAGGAAUUGCAGGCGAUUGUUGACAUUGCACGGGAGCACGAUAUCAUGAUUCAUUCUGAUGAGGUUUAUCGACCUCUUUUCCAUUCGCUCGACCCAGAGCAGGAUACACCUCCUUCUAUCCUAGAAUUUGGAUAUGAGAAGGUUCUUGCAACGGGCUCUAUGUCCAAGGCUUUUAGCUUGGCUGGAAUCCGCCUCGGCUGGAUUGCUUCCCCAAGCAAUAAAAUCAUCGAGGCUUGUGCCGCGACUCGUCAUUUCACUUUGAUUUCGGUGGGACAGAUUGAUGAUAGGGUGGCAACGCAUGCGCUAUCUCGCCCGUGUGUGGAUAAUCUGCUGCAGCGCAAUGUCCAGCUGGCAAGACAGAAUCUCGCUGCAUUGAAUGCUUUCGUCAACGAGUUUAGCUGGGCUGUUGAAUGGACGAGACCCAAGGCGGGAACUACUGCAUUCAUCAAGUUUGUCAACAGGCAGGGAAAGGCCAUUGACGAUGUCGAGUUUUGCAAGACACUCCAGGAGAAGACUGGAGUCAUGCUUGUCCCUGGAAGCAAAUGCUUCGGCGGAGAUGUUGACUUCCGUGGAUAUGUGAGGAUGGGUUAUGUACCCGACAACCAAUCCAUGGUCAAUGGUCUCAAGGAGUUGAGGCAAUUCAUGGUCGAUGAGUAUGAGAUGUUGCCUCUGGCUCAUUGA